AGAGAGCAAAUGGCCGCUCAACAAUAUUUUCAUUGCUAUAUAUAUUGCCUACUCUAUUCUUAUGAUGAUUAAUUCUUGUGUACUCAAACAUCAUCCCAAAUAUCAUCUCUAAACCAGAGAGCAAAUGGCCGCUCAACAAGUAAAUGUGCACAUGAACUUUGGAAAUGGUGAUACCAGCUACACCAACAAUUCAGCAUUUCAGAAAAAUGGGAUACUAAAAGCAUGGCAUGUCUUGGAAGAGACCCUCAAAGACAUGUUUACCAAUCACACCGCGGCCUUUCCUGAUCACCGGUUCAGGAUUGCCGACUUGGGCUGCUCGUCUGGGCCCAAUGCCCUUUUCGUCAUUUCGCGCAUAAUCGGCAAAAUCGAGGAGCUUUGCAAGGAAAAUGGGUACGGGCUUGGGCCCGAGCUCGAAGUGCUUCUGAACGACCUACCGGGAAAUGACUUCAACAACAUCUUCAGGAUGCUGCCUGAAUUCUAUCAAAAGCUUAAUAAUCAUGAGAACAUAAAUAAUAUCAAUGUUAUUAAUCAAAGGCCCAAAACAUUUAUAUAUGGCUUGCCAGGCUCAUUUUAUGGGAGAUUAGUCCCAAGCAACAGCCUCAACUUUGUUCACUCAUCAUAUGGUCUUCAAUGGCUCUCUCAGGUUCCACAAGGACUGGAGAAUAAUAGGGAAAACAUACACAUUGCCAUGACAAGUCCCCCUGAGGUUUUUGCAGCUUAUUACAGCCAAUAUAAGAGAGAUUUCACCACAUUUCUUGAGUCACGGGCCGUCGAAAUGGUUGUCGGGGCCCGCAUGGUUCUAACGUUCACUGGUAGAAGUGUCGAGAACCGCUCGACAAAAGAUGAACAGCAACACCUCAAACUGCUCUCCGAUACACUUAUUGACAUGGUCCAAGAGGGGCUCGUGAAGGAGGUUGACUUGCAUUCAUUCAACAUGCCUGUAUUCAUACCGAGCAAACAAGAAGUCGAGACACUUGUCCACGAACACGGGUCGUUUAACUUGGAUAGGCUCGAGGGCUUUUUCGUCCCUUGGGACUCAUCACAUGUUAAGCAUGGCAACGAUUAUGAAGCGGAAGUCGACAAAUUCGAAAGAGGGAGGCGGGCUUCGAUUCGUGUACGUGCAUAUUCCGAGCCAAUUUUAGCUUCUCAUUUUGGAAAAUCUAUCAUGGAUGAUUUAUACGCGAGGUACGCGAAGAAACUGGCCGAACACCUGUCGAAGUUGAAGGAGGAGCCAUCGCUUUUCAAUAUAGUAAUUUCAUUGAGCAAGAAGUAAUUAAAAAAAAAAAAAGGAAAAGUAUGAAAGAUCGUGCAUGAUAUGGGUUUGAGUUACGACUCAUUGUUAGAUCUGUUUCAUUGUUCGAGAUUUUUUUAUAUUGGAGUUUUUCAGAUUCGAAAGUUGUUCAUUUGCGGGUCUUGUGAUUAUCCUGGAUACGAGUGAUUGUUUUGUGUGUUGGAUUGAUAUAAGUGAUUGUUUUGUGGUUUUCCUUAAUUGUCGAUGAUUAAUGUCAGAGACUUAGAGGAUGUUUGUAUACAAAUAAAUUUAUACUCACACUCAAUCCAUACUCAAAUUUAACUCAACUUAAACUCAAUCUCACUAUCAUAAAUAUUAUCAAAAUAAUUAUCAAUUAUUUUUACAGGGUUGUGUACUCGGCCCGUACCUAGGUAAGGGCCGUUUCAGGGUCG